UGAGGAGUUUUAAGUAGUGCGGUGAUCCAGAUCAGUUUGAUUUUGUGUAUAUUCUUUUUCGAGGAGGAAGAUAAAAGGAGAAAUAAGAUUGAAGAGAAGAAGAGAAGAGAGAUUGAGAAGAUGAUGAUUUUGCCUAGUAAAUUAACACUGACGAUUCCGUUCCCGAGCUACAGAUACGCGUCGCUGGCGUAUAAAGCACUUUCGCCCGACCCAGUUCUGAAGCCGGAUCAAUUUGAUUUGAAGAUGAGCGUGCUGCCGUGUCUGUCCAUCGACAGCAACACAGUCGACAGCAGCAGCAGCAGCAGCAGCAGCAGUAGAAGCAGCAACGGCAGCGAGGAACAAAGGACAGCAGCAACAGCAGUGACGAAGCUGGUGGUUGAAUUCGCAGCGGCGACGGAUCGCGUGCUGAGAGUUGGCGUGAAUGGGUUCUUUGAGAGUUUGAUUGUUGUUGUUGAGUGUUUUAAUGCGUUUGAAGGGGAUGGCGACGAGGGGGUUGUUGAUGGGAAGCCUGUUGUGUUUGAGUAGGAGUGUGUAGUGUGGAGGAAGUGUAUAUUAUGGCGUUGGGUUGUUUGUUGAUGCAUUUUGGCGUUUGUAGCUGUGCUGCUUUGGUAGAUGUAUUUAUAGUUAAAGAUCUACAUAAAUCGUUACUAUUUACUAUCUAC